AUGCUUGCUUCCGAGAGGGAUGAAAUACCCAAAACCUUUCAGGAGUGGUGCGACAAGGUAACCUCUCGUGACCUUAAGAAAGCAAAACUUCACGACAAAGAGCUUGCUUCUGCUUCCAAAAUGGGCUUUGACCAAUUCUUACUCCUCCGAGUGAUAUGGGAGACGCACAAAAGAAACAUAACCAAUGUACCGGACAUCAAAUAUUGGAUAAGAGAGGCCGAGAAAAAGCUUCGCUCUUAUCAGUCGUGGUCCACAUUCUGUGAUGGUCUUGGGAUCCCAGAACCGCACAUAACAGAGCGCUCAGGAGAGCCCUCAAGAGCAAGACCGGAGGGAAACUUUGCCAUUGUCAAAUACUACCAUCAGGAGGUUGAAAAGACCAAACCCCAAGCCGACCCUGAAACAUUUGACACGCCUAUCGCGUCCCGAACCCGUGCAAAAACAAAUCCUCCGCUAGUUAGAGGAAUGAAAGGAAUGACUUUGGAGGAUCCUCAGACUCCAUCAAGAGAAUCGCGCAAGCCAUCUGGAGACAUAUCUUAUGACUUCGAUAAUAAGACCUCGCCCCCAUUUCAUAGUCGGAUCUUUAAGCCGGAAGAUGAUGAGAGCCCUGGCUCAAGCCCUAGUUCCGACCCCAGCCCGCCAAACACAAUCUCACGGGAAAUGGACAGAAUUUUAUAUCCCCCCACGAGGGAUGAACAAAUUGUCAAUACGGCGCUCAUCGUAUUUCUCAAUGCUCUUACCAUGCACUUUGAUUUCUACUCGAAUUGGACCUUGCACAGAAAGCCAUUUAUCGCUACCUUUGAAAACGCACAGUUUGAAGCAAGGACGGAUGGCUAUCUCGAUAGCCCUGGCGGGAAGACCAGAGCGAUCAUUGAGGUGAAACCCGUCACAAGAAAGCUAAAUAUGGUACCUAUUCGGAUGCAGGAGAGCGCCCAAAUGGUCGCUUGGAUCAAAAGCGAUGACGACUUGGCCCAGCGUACCAACAACCUGCGCUUACACAUAGCGCAAGACAGGCAUGAGCUAUGGGUGACGGUUGCGAAGUAUGAGGAAGAGUAUCUCGAAUAUCUAAGCGAUAAGAAAGCUGCAUAUCCGGAUGACACUUCGUCGUUCUUGAUCAUGAACCAGUACGGUCCAUGGGAUAUAACGAAGAAAUCCGAUAUGAAGGAGAUAGGGGCGAUUCUAUUGGCAAUCACCUUGCGAGCCGAAAGAGAGAUUAAAGACGAGAUCCAAAUUGAAGAAAAGAUCCAAGCUGAGAAGAUCAAGGCUGAAGGAAAGAUCCAAGCUGAAGAAAAGAUGCAAGCUGAAAAUAUCAAAGCUGCAGAAAAGACCAAGCCAGAGAUCAAAGCAAAGAAAGAAGCCAAAAAGGAACCCAAAAAAAGGGGCAAAACAUGA